CCUACAGGCCCAGGAUAAAAAAGGCAGUGCUAGCGGGUAACCACGAGUUGAACUACAAAAGACAGCAACUCUUCUGGGGCAGCCGAAAAGCUCUGCCCCCAAAAUCACGCCUUUGAUGGUAGAGUUGGAUGAGGAAACUGGACUCGGGAAGAAGCAGAGCCUCGAUGACACAAGGCAGCUCACACUACGAAGAAACCCCUCUGAACUAGAGGAAAGUUCCUUGUUUUGAAGUGACAAUUCACGUUUGAAAUGAGAAAGUUGCCUGUCUUCCAAACAGAAUCUAAUUCUUGCAGCCAGCAGCACAGAACCGAGGACUGAAAGACCCGGAGCAAAACAGGGUAGCAUGUUUUCUUUAUUCCCAGUAAGAGCCGGUUUAUUAUGAGGUGGCCUCAUUAGGUCUAGAGGCGCAUCCACUGGACCAACGUGGAGACAAAUAAGGAAAAACAAACAACAACAACAACAACAACAACAACAAAACAAAUAACCCAAAGCACUUUGAACAACAAGCGAGACAACAGGUUUGCCUGCAGGCCUAAUUUGGAAACCAGCACUGAAGAGGAAAUUGAGAGGGGCGUGGGCUCUCAGCAGCUGGAGGUCCUGAAGGCAAGCCCUUCAUGCAGCGAGGGACCAAGGCUGUGGGUCAUCCCGCUUCAUGCGGAAGGACACUGUACCCAUGCGCCGAGUGGAGGAUGCGGGAGCUGGCCGAGCUGAGGGAAGAGGACAGUGCCAGGGAUGUUCUCGUGGCAGAGCACAGGAGGGGAAGAGAGACACCGCCUGUGCCCAGGUUGCCCCCUCUGCCAAGCCAGGCAGCUAGGCAGGCUCAGGGAGGCCUGGAGGCCUCUGUGGCCAAAAGGGCCGCACCUCCAAGAGGAAGCCAGCUGCCUGCUCUGGAAGCAGCCUGCAGAUCUUCUGCAAGGCACAGGGCCAAUGGCAGGGAGCGCUUGCCACCCCUUAGUGGUGCCGGGAAGGCUCUGGACAGCGGGUGGAGACUGCGAAGGGAAGAGCUCAAGCCAAGCCAUCUUGCUUUGCCUGCCCUUCGAGUGGCCAAGCGGGAAGCUGGCGCUCUGCCCCGGCCAAGUCGAGAGCGUGUCCACUGCACGCCGGAGGCCAAGCUGAGGUCUUGCACAGGGGGCAAAGCGAGGCUGGUGCCAGACAGUGGUGCCACACAGUGGAGCAUUCUUCCUGGGCAAAGCCGGCAGCUCCCAGGACACUCCUGCUUUGCCCCGGCAGCCCAGACCAUGCCUCAAAGGCAGGUGCAAGGCAUGGCCGGCCACAAGGAGCGGGACGAGCCUUGGCCCAGCUGCCUGACGGUGCCAAGGCUGCCACAGUUGCCCCUGGGGGUGGCUCUCAACAGGACUGCCCAAGAACAGUGCCAGGACCUAAAGAGCAAGGUGCGUGCGGCUCCCAAAGAGACCUGUGCCCAGGAGGGCAAGGUGCAACGGCAGGACACCAUGGUGCACGGCCAGGUGCAGGACGGGGUGCUAGGCAAGUCCGGGGUGUCCCAAGGUGCUGACCUGCUGCCUGCAGAAGAGCAAGUGCCCCGUGCUGAGAAUGCCCCGGGAGAAGCAGCCUCUUCUGCCCCAGAGGAUGCAUUACAGCAGGAGACCAGGGCCAAAGGUGCUUCAGAGGGGCUUCAGCUCACCAGCCCCUGCUUUGCAGCAGAACCACGCAGCUCUGCCAAAGCCAUGGUGGGCAAGUGCCACAGUGAAAUUGUGCCACCGGAGGAAACAUCGCCUUGCCAGCCUGAGUCUGCUGGCCUUGCUCCGAGUGUGCACAGAGAUGGGAGUGUGGAAAUGAGGGCUGAGCACCAGAGAGCUGCCCCACACAGCCCCGCAACGCCUGCCACCGCUCCGGAGGACACAGGCCUGGGGCUCGUCCGCGCAGCUGAGAGGAGCCCCGGACAACGGCGGCAGCUGGGGCAGCCUCACGCCAACAACGGCACACUGGAGCUGAGUGCAGGUGCCGUGCAGGAGAUGCUGGCGCACGCCACUGCUGCAGCAGCCCUGGCAAGCGCUCUCCAGGUCCAGAGCAGAGAGGACAGUAAAAGCCCAGAGGCCGCAGCUCUGCAACAGCCUGAUCACCAUGCUCACAGUGGCACAAGGAAGGCGAGCAGGGCCGGUGCACCAGCAUCGCCAGGCCGGGGCUGUGCUCCACCAUCAGCCAAAGCACCGUCGCCAGCACAGGGCACCAUACAGAAACCUUUGGGCAUCAUGUGUCGCUUCCGAGGCAGGACGCUGCGCGUGCACCCCGACAACACCUCGCGGUACCUCGCAGUGCUUUCCAUCAAAACCGAGCCACUGGAGGAGCUCGAGAGGAGCUGCCUGGCACGCACCGGGCAGACCUUGGCGCAGCUGCGAGAAGCCUGCCUGCAGAGGAAGGAGCAGAGGCCAAGGGAGAGUGAGAGCAAGGAAGAGGAGGGCAAGGGGAAGCGUUUCUCCCUCACACCAUCAGGACGCCUCAACGUUCGACCCAGGGAGCUCUGCGCCAGAAACUCCUUCUACAACCUGUGGAGACCGGAGCUGACGCGAGUGGAGCUCUUGAAGGACGCGAGCUCCAAGUGGCAGGUGCUGGAGCGGCUCUAUGCGCAUGCCCCUGAGAAGGAGCGUGAGAGGGGAGGCAGCAGGAGAACUGGUGGAGCGCCGCAGCGUGAGCCACCGGAGUGGAGCGACGAGGAAGGCGAGGUUGAGGAAGAGGCUCUGCAAGGGGAGGAGCUGCAGCAAAGCAUCUCCCUAUGCAUGACCUGGGUGAGGCCGAGCCUCAGGAGCCUCUUGGAGGACGGGCCAAGGUGCCAGGAGGAAGUGCCACGCUCGCCCAGCAUCGAGCCCCAGCACGCGGCCACGGAAGCAGCCGGCGAGCUGCAGAGCACGCCUCCGGCCCCAGCAGCGCCCCGAGGAGCCGAGGCCGCGGCACCUCCUCUGGCAGGAGGCAUUCAGCAUGCGGAGGACGGCAUGCCUCUCGCCCCGUCAGCCAGCGCGGGAGCAAGGGCAGAGGCCUGCCCCACACACGCAGACCCUCAGCCUUGCCCUGUGCCUGCCCGGCCCCUCGCCCAGGACUCUCCUUCCCCCGCGCGCAUCGCCGACCUCCCACAUGCUGCGCCUCCCAGGCGAUGGUCCUCACGCCUCAGGGCAGCGCUCGGCGCUCUGCGCAGAGCUUUCUGCUGCUGCUGCCUCGCAGCGCAGUGAGAGGGACAGUGGAGGAUGCAGGUGCCAGAGGUGCCGCGAGACGGGAGCUGCUGCAGAGCACGGGGGCAGAGGCACACAGGCUCUCUGCUGGCUGCUGCAGAAAGGCUGCCGCAUCGUGGCCCCCCCGUCCCUUCUCUGCUCCAAAUAAAAGCCUGGGAAGAGUU